AUGGUCGAUUACAGGAUUGAAGCGAGGAACUAUGUCGGAACAAUAAGUAAACUAUUCAAUUUAUGCCAAAGUCAAGGUGCCAGGUACCAACCGAAAUCGAGUUUCGACCCCAUCUACAAGGUCAAAAAGGAGCUGGAAAGGUUGGAGAAAGCCUUGAUGAAUAUCUAUGACAAACAGGGGAUCUUUUGUGCUCAAUUGAAUAGGAACGUUGACUACGGAAACCUGCUGGACAGAACGUUCAAUGACGAAAUAGUACUACACACGUACAGCUCGCUGUUUGCGAGUUCUUCCAACUUGAUUGUUACCCCCACCACAACAACAUUCAGAGGAAUUGAACCACCCGUGUUCCUGGAUUAUCUUCUGCAGAUUUAUCGAUAUCUGAAAUAUACAAUACUGGCAUGGGUCGAAUCUCUCAAUGUAAACGUCGGAAGUUUACAAGCUGUUUUGGAACGUUUCGAAAUGGAUCUUUAUGAAAAACAUAGGAAUUUAAGCUCUACGCUAUUGAAGGGAGGUUCUGUAAGGAAUAUUGUAUCGUUUUCAGAUGAACUGACCAUGUACCCCAAUGUCAAGAGUACAGGCAUUAUGACUUCAGAGUUUUUCAAGUUAGAAUCACUGUCUCUUGGACUCAACAAGCAAUUAAUUCAGAUAUCCCAACUAUCAACCGGAGAAAUUGCCAUCUUCAAAGUGGACUCUGGUUUGGUAUCCAAAUACUCUGAUAAAAAUCCGCAGCUGCUUCUAUCUGAUUUAUGUCAAGGGAAAUAUGAGGUUCUGAACGUUGGAAAAACUCUUCUUUUUCUACCUUUCAAGCCAACAGACUUAAAAAUCGUUGAACAUUUUAGCAGCGGGGUCAGAUUGGAGAGUGCUAGUGGGAAUAACAUAAACUUGAACAUAUUCGCCGAAGAUUUUAUACAAUGGAAUCUCACAUGGAAACAAAAGUUUUUAAACUUAUUUGGAUCCAAUACCUAUUAUACGAAGACAAUCACCCACAAUAAUAAUGAUCUUUCUGAUAUCUUGUCUGACAUAAAGGCAAUUUCUUUUGAACCCGAAAUAGACCCAAUCCGUCCCCAGGCACACUCCAACAACUCCAGUUUUAAUGAGGAUAAAGCUUUUGGUGCCUCCCGCAGAGUACGUCAAUCAACCACGGAACCGAGUGACCGUGAAGACAUCUUACAACGUAACAAUGAUAACAUAUUUCCAAUGCACUACAAUGUUUCUUCACCUGUACUAGACGAAUCACCUCAAAUUCUGUCCGAGCAGUUACUAAAGCAAGAUAGAGUAUUGGAGGACGCAAGAUUCCGCAAAUCUAUAGCAGAAUUUGAAUCUUUAACGUUGGAAAAUUUAAUGGCUUUAGAUAGCAGUAUUCCAAUGGAACAAUCACCUGUGAGGAACGUAGUGGAAUCACCCCAGCCGAACAUGCUAAGAUCGGCUUCACAUAUUUUUACGGUCGAUAAUGCCGAAUCAGUCAUCUCAACAGAAGACACGGAAAGGAUGAUAUCAGAUCACAGUGUCACGGAAGAAUCAUUCACACCCUGUCCAGCCGUCUACAUACCUGAGUCGUACGAAAAAAACUCCACUUCUUUGCUGAGUGUGUUCAGCAACAGGAACAAAAUAGGACUCUCCGUCAACACAUCUGGACAGAACGAAUCUCUAUAUUCCAACACACCUUUAUCAUCAGGUCCUACAACACCGCUAUUUCCAAAAGCAAAGGAAGAACUGGAACCCCAGAGAUCUUUUUUCCACCCUCCCAAGGAACUCGUUCUGUUGAACCAUUCCAUAUUAUUUGAAGACAAUGCGGUUAAGAUUUCAUCUUGGAAUGGCUUUUCUUGGGAUCAAAUAUCCUCAAAACGUCUUAACUUGACAAUUUUUCUCACCAACAACAAUGAAGCCGUUUUAGUAGGAUAUAGUGAUAAAGGCAAAAACGAGUGCCAGAUUGUAGCCAAGAUAACUUCUCGAUGGAACAUUUCAAGGUCAACUGCACAGGACAUUCAAGUGCGCUUCUCUAAGACUGAUUUAAUUGACCAUAUGCUCAAAUCUGCCAAUAACUACAUCUUAACGUUCCGUUGCCAGAAAGUCGAAAAGUUAAUGGCUAUUUUACGACAAGCCCAGAAAAACCAACUCAAAUCUCCGAUAUCCACAUCAAGCACGUUGGGCACGCUAUCCACUAAAACCUCAUCCCAAUGCACCGAUUCUUUGUUUUCAAUGGAAACAGAAAAGACUGUAUCUACGGACAUUCAUGAUCCUAGCUCUCUCUCAUCUACUCUAAUAGCUGCUAACAUGAAGGCAAAGCACCACAUUGUUGUGGAUAGUAAGAAAUGGCAAGCACAGAGUAUUGGUAAAAUUAACCUUUACUUGCUAAAAUACAACGCCAAAAUAACGGGGAUAAAAUUUGAAUACACAGAGGCCAAUAGCACCGUUGAAACGUUUAUUGCUUCACGCAAAGACAUCACAAGACUUAAAAGAACCGGUAUUGCUUUGACGACAGAUCAAGGCCUCCAUUUGUUCGAGUUCACCAGUCCGACUGUUACCGAGCAGAUAUACAAGCUAAUCCAAACAACUCAAUAG